AUGAAGCUGGACACUCCUGCCACUGACUGGUGCGAUGACGAGAUCACGGCCAUCGGCGACGAGCUCUUGAUGACGAGAUGGAGGGCCCACUUAACGAAGAGUUCGCACCCUGGAUGGACACCGCUUCGGAUAGCAGCGACACCGACGACGAGCCAGAGGGCCCGCCCGUCGGAGAGACUUCAAAGUGGCCGCAUACCACAGUCAAGCACGGAGACGGACAUGUUAUCCAUGCUUGUUCUCGACGAGUGGGACCCGGUUCGCUUCGAGCACGAAGAGCCAUCGUCGCAGGGCCUGGUGCGCUUCGAGAGCGACCUGCAGGACCUCUUCACUAAUCCCUUAACGGGUGUGUACAUCGAGACCGUGACAGUCGGCCGGUUCCACGUGGUGGUGGUGGGCCCCUCGGGAACGCCGUACGAGGGCGGCUUCUUCCACUUCCUGAUGCAGUGCCCGAAGGACUACCCGAUGCGGCCGCCGCGCGUUCGCCUCAUGAACACCGACGAUGGAAGCGUGAGCUUCAGUCCGAACCUGUACAAAAGCGGCAGGGUGUGCCUGGAUAUUCUGGGAACCUCGGGCACGUUGGCGUGGAGCCCUGCACACAGCAUUUCGAGUGUCGUCGUCUCGAUCCAGUCGCUGCUGACGGAGAAGCCGCACUUCAACGAACCCCAGUGGAUCAGCGAGGCGCGGUCGGAGGACGGCGGGAGCUACAGUCGCAUCGUACAGCACGAGACCAUCCGUGUUGCCGUGUGCGACGCUAUCGAGGCCUGUCUGAAUGGAUCCUCACUGUGUCCGGGGUACCUCCAAGGAGUGAUGCUCGAACACUUUAUCGCCUACUACGAGGAGUACGUAAAAGUGGUCGAGUCCAACUUGGAUCUGACGGGUGCGGACAUGAUGGAACCGCUCUUCUUCGAAACCUACGAGCGAGGACAGUACCAAUACGAAAGCUUGCUCGUCAAGCUGCGCAAGAUGAAAGCCCAAGUUGAGGAUUUCAUCACGGCAUUACACGUAGGUGAAAAUGAGUGGCUGUUCGGAUCAUGUAAUUUCCUUGUGUAUGAGUGCAAGAAAAUGUCAAGCUGGACAUUUUUAUUCUGA